AUGUCUCAAUUUGUUGCAGAUUAUGCUAUGCCUGCGGAAACUGUCAUUGUGGGUGAUGAGAGAUGUCGCAUUUUAUAUAGAAGUGAGAAUGAGUCUAGAAAUGUCUGUGGGAAUGCAAAAUACUUUACCGAUGCUGUUGCUCUUAUAUUUGCCAAGGAUAAAGACAAGCCACAUGAUAUAUCAUAUGCCUCAUUAUGCACUCGUAAGGUUUCAUACACAUUUGCUUCUGUUUUUUCCUUGUAUUGGAGACAUUCAAUUCCAAAUUGCAUUAUCAAAUGGAGUGUCCACAGUCGGUUCCCAGCACACAAGGCUGUUUCUGUCAAAGUGAAUAACUGUGAGCGUUCUACUUGGCUUACUGCUAGAAGAGAGGGACACCCAGAAAUUCUGGACGGUCAACAAAUUCUCGAUGAUAUCAACGAUGAGUUAGCAAAUCACGUAGAUUCUUCAGAUCUGUACAUUGGGGUUACGAAACAUAGAAAAAUCUCUAUUGGGUCAGAGAAGCCAAGGUGGAUCACGUCCUUGGAAUACCAUGGAGUUGUAGGAGGAGAUGAUCAGUACCUUUAUGUCAGUGGCGUUGGCAUAAAAACUGGUGAUUACUUCAACUUCUAUCGUUCAGACCCCGAAACUGCAUUAGCUUCAUGUAACAACAUCUCUUCAAGCCUGAAAAAAUUGAAGGUCAAUGAAACUCAAAAACAUCGCUGUCACAUGAGCGAAGUAUUUGGGGGUUUUCUGUUCGCUUGUUGUGGCCGUGGUGAGCCAUUCUUUGGACGCGCCAAUGUUGAUGGCUCUCCCUUUGUGGAGAACUUCUCCAGGGUUCCGUUGGCAGGAAUAUUUUGCGGGGGAGAAAUUGCACGUGGCUCUUUGAGGUUGACCGGGGAAGCUCAGAAAGAUAGUGAUGCUCGUUGCACUCUGCAUGUCUACUGCACCAUUUAUCUUGUGCUGUCAUAUACUCCAGCACCAGCACCAGCACCAUUGGAGCAUUAG